CCCACACACACGUGCAUGCACGCCCUGACAACAGGCAGGCAGCUGGCAUUUCUCUCUCUCCUUCCUUGCAGCUGUUACAAUGAGUGCAGGCACGGCCAGUGCAGUGGGCCCCCUCACUACUCCUGUAUCUGUGAGCUGGGCUGGACCUCUGACAUGGAGACCGUCAACGAGACUGGCGUCGAAUGUGACAUUGACUGCGGCUGUCACUUCCACAGCACGUGCCGUGAUGGCAUUGGAAAGUGUGACCAAUGCAUGGACUGGACCAUGGGGCAGCACUGUGAGCUGUGCCAACCAGGCAGCUAUGGCAAUGCCACCCAGAAGGAUGGCUGCCAGCAGUGUGCGUGUAAUGGGCACGGGGCCAGCUGGUUGGGUGACUGUGACCGGGCGACAGGCAGAUGUUUUUGCACCGAGAACACUGAAGGGCCACACUGUGAGGACUGUGUCGCAGGUUACUAUGGAGACCCACGAGAGAAUGGAAGAUGUUACCGCGAGUGCGUGGGCCGUGUCCUGCUGCAGAAUAUCUCCUCAUCGGCCCUGGGCUCUACGCGGGGUCAGGGCCUCUCCGCCAAGGGCCUGGCCUACUGCCUGUGGGUGCUGACCACCUCCAACAGCCUGGACUCCUGCGAGGGACAAAGUGGCUGCCUGACCGUCAGCCUGACCAUUGGGCCCGACAUCAGGGUGACAUGUGGUCAAAACUAUGUCUACGUCUUUGACGGGGUGCCAGGGUUCCUGAGCCAGCCCCAGCAGCACAGUGCCCUCUAUGCAGAUCCGAAACUGAUCGGCGCCUUCUGUGGCAAUGGGCACACACGGGCGGUCAAGGUGGAUGCUGUCUCAGGUGUCCUCACUGUCUACUUCGAAGCCAACAUCUCCAGGGCAGCGGGCACAGAGGGUUUCAAUGCCACCUACACCAUCAGCAGCUGUCAGCCCAGAUGCCUGGAAAACCAGAGAUGCCAGGACGGGCACUGUGUGUGUGAGACGGGCUACAGCGGCGAGAACUGCACCUCAAGUAUGUGCCCCAAUAACUGCUCAUCUCGAACUCACAACGGGCACUGCCACAUGGAAGAUGGUGGCCCCUUGAAGCGCAUGGGCCACUCGAUGGUGGAAGGCCCAGGCUCCACCCUUUGGAUCUACGGAGGCCUGUCCCUCAGGAAGGGGAUUUUAAACAGUGUUUACAGAUUCUCCCUCAGCGAUCGUCGGUGGAGCGCCGAGGUAAGGCCUGAGGGCCGGGCGCCCAGAGCACGAUAUUUCCACGCAGCAGCAACAUCAGGCCCUGCCCUGGACACCAUGUACGUGGCUGGAGGACUGACCGACAGCGGGGUGGCUAGUGAUUUCUGGCUGCUGGACCUGGUCAACGCAGAGUGGACAGAAGGAGAGUCGGGUCUCCUGCCUCCAGUAACUGGCCACACUCUGACCCUGUGUCGGAACUCCAUCCUGCUCCUCAUCGGAGGCUACUCCCCACAGAACGGCUUCAACAACAAGCUCCUGGAAUACGACAUCCGCUCCACAAACUGGAGUGUCCGCCAGCACACAGGAACGGCCCCAACAGGGUUAUACGGGCACUCAGCCGUUUACCACCCAGCCACGGAUGCAGUCUAUGUGUUUGGGGGCUAUCGGUUUUACCUGGAGAGUGUGUCAGCGUCCCGUGAGCUGUACAGCCUGUACCUCCCUGGGCUGAGCUGGAGCUUGCUCGCCCCCUCCCACGGUGCAAAGCCCCUCGCUCACUUCUUCCAUGUUUCCGGCUUGUUUCGGGACACGAUGGUGGUAGUUGGAGGUCGUACAGAGACAGAGGACUUCAGUGCCGCCAUCUUGCUGUACCACAUCAACUGCAACACCUGGAUCACGGUGAACCAGACAGGGCUGGCUGGGCUGGGUGAGCCGAUGAGACCUUCGGUUGCUCCUGCUGCUGUUGCUGUGAAGAAGAAGCUGUACAUUUCCGGAGGCUAUGGUGGAGUGCUGCUCCCCUCGAUGGUGACCCUGCGUGUGCCACUGGAUCCCUGCCUCAUCUUCUCCAGUCCCGGCGAGUGUAACAGCAGCAGCUGUGUCUGGUGUCGCUCCCUUCACAACGGCAGCUGCCUCUCUCCGGAUCAGGCUGAGAGGUACGGGUGUGAGACUGCCAGCUCUCUCUGUGAGCCCCUGCCCAGACUCCCUGAAGACUGCCGCAGGCUGCGAACCUGCAGCGAGUGUCUCGCCCGACAUCCCCGGGUCAUCGGUCAAAUGCAGCAGCUGAGGUGUAAAUGGUGCACCAACUGCCCGGAGGGCGCCUGCAUCAGCAGCAACUCCAGCUGCACCAAGGAGAAUGACUGCCGCAUUAACCAGCGAGAGAUCUUCGUCGCUGGGAACUGUUCGGAAAUAUCCUGCGAAGCCUCAGACUGUGCCAAGUGUACAGCGUCUGGCAAGUGUAUGUGGACCCGCCAGUUCAAACGCACAGGGGAGACCCGCCGGAUCCUCAGUGUGAGCCCUGCCUACGACUGGACGUGCUUCAGCCACUCUCUGCGCAAUGUCUCCCCCAUGCCGGUGGAAUCCUGUCCGCCUGAGCCGUGCCCGAGGCCAUGCCACACCCUCACCAGCUGCGCCGAGUGCCUGAGCUCUAAUGGCUCCGAUGGUGGUUGGCAGCAGUGCGUCUGGAGUCUUGCUCUGCAGCAGGUAGGGGCUCUCAGGACGGAACAGUCGGGCACUAGCAAUCAUAACUAAAUACGAU